UUCCUUUUCAUCUUGAAUUUUUUCUCUCUUUUUUCAAGAUUAAUCACCAUCUGCCACGUCAUAAAGCCCAAAAUAUCAAUACGUUCGGAUCGUAAAGAUAAAGCCACCGACUUUUUGAGUAGUGACUUACGCGAAUAACGACGAAUAGGACCUCUUUUAACUCUUUUGAAGUCUUUUUAUUCCUACCAAGACGCAGUUUCCUUUACAAAAAACAUUAAAAUAAAAGAAAUAAAAGUAAAAAGAGGCACCACCACUUCAAUCCAACCCCUCCCGGGCCUUUAUAAACAUCACAUGUGCCUCCUUGAAUCUUCCCUUUCUCCUCUUCCUCUCUUUGCUUCCUCUUCUUCUUCUUCUUCCUCUCUUUUGGUGUUUCGAUCGGCUUGAUUUUACUUUAAUGGGUUUCUUUGUGGAGGAUUCAGGUGUAAUAUUAACCCAAGCAGCUUUAAUACUAGCAGUUCUACGAUGGGUCUUGACGUGGCUACUCCGAUUCAGAAACGGAGAUGAUAAUGAUAAGACUCAGGAUCAACGUCCAUUUGCUUCAUCACAGAUGAUCAGAGAGAGUCUUGCGUUAUCAACGUAUGGUGACGUCAUCGGGAGAGCGCCACUGAUUUCUGACACGUGUGCUGUUUGCCUGGCCCAGUUGAGUGAGCAGGAUGAGGUGAGAGAGCUCAGGAACUGCUGCCACGUGUUUCACAAAGAGUGCAUCGAUAGAUGGUUGGAUUAUGAUCAUGAUCAUGAUGAUCAUGAAAAUCACAAGACUUGUCCACUCUGUAGGGCCCCUUUGUUGACGUCGUCUCAAAGUGUGGGCUGGGCCAAGUCCGACCCUAGUUGGGCCGUCGAGAGACUUCUGUACUUGUUUGGAGACGAUCUGAUUAUGUGAUCCACUGACAAAUUCCACAAUUCAUAUGGUGGACUGCAUAGCAGAAAAAUAGAGAAUUGACACUGUAAAUCUACGGCAGUUUUCGGCUUGUAAAUAUUUUUUUUGGUAUUAUAAUGUAUUCUUCAAUAUAUUUAUGUGCCUUUUUGUUUGAGAUUGGUAUUGGGUAAUAUCCGAUUUGGCUUCAAUAAUAAUUAAUUAGU